AUGUCCUCACGUUGGAAUAACAUUAACGCUAAGAGGUACCGUAAACGUCUCAAAGAGGCGCAAACACAGGAAAAGAAAGUUCCUAAAACUGAUGCCGAACGUUCGGCGGAAAGUCGAAAACGGAAGAAAGUGGUCGCAGAAGUCGACAGAGAUGCUCCUGGUCCAUCAAGACCUAGGAAUUUAUCUGUGGAAGAAGUUACCGUUCAAGCACUUUCGAGUGAAGUCGUUAGUGAAGAUUUUCGAUCUUUUAUUGGCAAUGAAGCCAUCGGGACACACGAGGCUACUCAAGAUUCCACCAUCGGUUCUGUUGCUCAGGCGCAUAAUCUAUUGAGUUCUGCUCGAGAAUCCAGUGUCAACCGUAUCAUUUCUUCACCUGUGCAAACAAGUCAGGAACUAUUUGAUCCAAAUUUCGAAGGAGCUGUUCGAGAAUUUGAAAGAAAGUUCUCAAAUAACAACUUCGGUUUCCCGUGCGGUGUAUGUGACAGACUGUGGUUUGUGAACGACCUGAAACCUAUCACAUGCGCUGAAGCCGAAGUUUUACAUACCACCGAUAUCGACAUAAGAGGGUUGUCCGCUUGCCAGACCUGCCGUAGCAGUCUAAAACGCGGUAAAAUACCCAUAUUGGCCGUGUCAAAUGGCUUUAGAUACCCGGAUUAUCCAUCGAAUCCACCUCUCCCACCUCUGGAUCCGAUUACUGAACGAUUGAUUUCACCACGAUUGCCUUUUAUGCAAAUCCGACGCUUGCGAUUCGCAGCAGGAAAUUAUGGGAUCAUUGGCCAAGUUAUCAACGUUCCAGUGGAUGUGGACAAGAUGAAAGCGAACAUCAAAUGCUGGCUACAAUAUUUAGUGACCACUCCACUGUAUCGUCGAUACAAUAUAUCAUUCAGUGAGGAGCAGCUGAAUGCCAUCGACACUGAAGCUGAGAGCAGCACAUCUGGAGAUGAAAAUGCUUCAAUAGAUCUGGAGACUAUUGAAAAUAACAACGAUGUUGAAUUGCUAAUUGGGCAACAGCAUACUCUAUUAUGGGAUGAAGACAAGUGUCUGGAAAUAGCUCCGGCCCAGAACAAAGUGCCUCUUUCCAUAAUAUAUGAUGAGCACGCCGAAGAACUUUCAUUUCCAGAUAUUUAUUUGGGACAUCCGAGGACUUUCAAUCCGGAGGUUCGAGUGACACCGUUCAUGAUGGCCACAAGUGAACUGAGACGUCGUGAUAGACGUGGAGCUAAGCCCCAACAUCUGUUGUACGUGGCGAUGAAGAUACUCCGUCUGCGCGUUUCGGAGGGACUACAAUGCACUUUCAAAUGCAUGGCAACCGCGAACAUUACACGUGCCAUGUUGAGCGACAAAGAGUUUUUGGAAAAGUGUAUCGAUCGAAAUCUGUCAUUUCUAAAGUCGAUUCCAAACUCUGUGCAAUACUGGCAGCAACGCAAACGUGACCUGUUUGCAAUGAUCCGGCAAUUAGGAAAACCAACUAUGUUUCUAACAUUGAGUGCAAGUGAAACAAAAUGGCCUCAAUUGCUCCGAACACUGCACAAGCUAUCGGAUAGAUACAUGGAUAGCGAUGUGCAAGACAUUAUGCAGCAAUUAACGGCACUACAGCGAGCAACUCUUGUCAACGAGGACCCAGUAACAUGCUGUGUAUACUUCAACAAACUGGUUGAUGUUAUCAUGCAGUUGUUACAGUCGACCAGGUACAGUCCGUUCGGUCAGUAUCGAGUGGUGGAUUACUUCAAGAGAAUCGAAUUUCAACAUCGAGGUAGUCCACAUGCUCAUAUUCUACUCUGGUUGUCUAACGAUCCAGGAGAGGAUGUCUCAGAGAAUAUGCCCGCAACAAUUCAACUCAUCGACCAUUUGUGCUCCGUAAGAGAUGCUGAUUUGCCGGAGAGCUACGGUAAUCAAGUGCAUAAACACACUUUUACCUGCUAUAAACGGAACGAUAAACGAUGCCGUUUUAAAAUACCAUACUGUCCAAUGGAUCAGACAAGAGUUCUUUUGCCGAUUACUGCUAGCGAUGGUCGCCGUGAACAGUUGAAAAGACGGUCUGGGACGAUGCAAAAUGUACUGGAGGCGAAAAAAUUUGACACCCUGGAUCAAUUUCUCGAAGAUUGCAACUGCACGUACGAGUACUAUUUGGAUGUCAUACGUGCAUCGAUAAAUCGACCAACCGUUUUGCUCAAAAGAUCGUUGUCGGAAUUAUGGACAAACCCGUUCAAUCCGUGGAUAGCUAACAUACUUCGCUCUAACAUGGAUCUCCAGUUCAUGCCGGAAGUGUUCUCAUGUGCUGCGUAUGUCGUGGAGUAUGUCAACAAGACAAAUCGUGGCAUAAGCAGCUUGCACCGCGAUUUGGUCAAGCUCCAGGAAGAAUAUCCAGAUCAGGCUUACACGGCACUGCUGAAGAAGCUCAGCCUUAAAAUGCCUAAUUCCGUAGAAAUGUCUGCUCAAGAGGCCGCCUGGUACUUACUUCGCCAGCCGAUGUCGGAAGCUAGUCGGAAGGUGGACUUUCUUCCGACAAUGUGGCCCCACGAGCGUAUCAAAUCCCGGAAACGCGCUCAGCAAAUGGAUGAGGAAGGCUUGGACGAGGACUCAACGGAUGUAUGGACUCUCAACAUCGUUCAGAAAUACGAAGCGCGUGAAGGUUUGGAUGAUGUAUGCCUAGCAGAUUUCGCGGCUUGUAUGAACGAGUUGGUGGAGUAUAAGCGAGAGAUGGUCCUUUUGUUCGUGCCGUUCAGAAACGAACUGUGCGAUAUUCUCGACGGCAAUAAGUUUCUUACUUUGUACGAUCGCAGUGAAACAGAUAUUAUGAGCAAGUGCAAAGAGUAUUCGACGGAUUUAGACCUGGAACGCACCGUGCAAGAAUAUCUUCGCUUGUGCGCUGAAGAUGACGCUCAACAAAAUAUUGCCAGCGAGAGGCACGAUGAGUUUGUUCGAACGAUUGCUAUGCAUCCAAAUGACGACGAUAUCACUCAUCUGCCCAUUGGUUCUUUGUCGGCAGUUAAACAGCGCACAAAUGUCAUGAGUAAGCAGGAAUUUUGUGCCAUGGUGCGGACAACAAGUGCCGAGCAGCGAGAUUUGGUGUUGGAAGUGAUUGACAGAUUGCACGCUUUCGACGGCAGCAGUAAACCACUACAAAUUUUCUUCACCGGUCCUGCAGGUUGUGGUAAAACGUUCACGCUUCGGAUCCUGAUGGAGACAUACAAUCGAUUUAGCCAGGCGCACAACUCGCAAGAGAAUGCAUACGUGGCAUGUGCUUCGACCGGAAAAGCAGCAGUUGCAAUCAACGGCACAACUGUUCAUUCGGCAUUUCGAAUAACGAUGUCUCGAAGAAACAAUACCAGUUUGAGCUUCGAAGCACUUCAGCUGUACCGAAACGCAUUCGCUAAUGUUAAGGCAGUCAUCGUGGAUGAAGUCAGCAUGAUUGGUGCAGACGUACUAAAUAAUGUGCACACUCGUCUCCAAAACAUCACCGGUAAUUACAACGAUCCCUUCGGAGGUUCUGACAUAAUUUUUUGUGGAGACUUACGUCAACUACCGCCAGUGAAUGCACGGCCGGUAUACAAACCAUGCACAAAUUCUAUUCACGGUGCCGUUUUGUGGCAGUCUCUUGAGUUCUUCCCGUUGUGCGCCGUUUUCCACCGAAACGCUGACGUUGAACGAUAUAAUCGCGAAUCGUUAAAUGUGAUGCCCGGAUUGGAUUGUACAGCUGAAGAUGCAUUUGCCGGAUACAACAAUGCUGAACAACUGGCAAGUUCCCGCACCAAGCUGUACAAAAUGAGUGUGGCAGAAACCGGAUGUUUGCCUUACAUGGUACGCCUUGUCCUAGGAAUGCCAUACAUGGUGACCACGAACGUCGAUGUUGAAGACGGGCUUGUAAAUGGUGCGAUUGGAGAGCUGAAAUAUGUGGAGCAUGACGAAGAUGAUGCUCACGAGGAAAUCGUCAAAUUGUGGAUCAAAUUUGACACCCGACUAGACCCCCAUUUCCAGACAGCAAACAUCAAGCUCAGCAUUUCAGCAAACAUCAAGCUCAGUAGUAGCAUCAAGUGUAAACGUAUACAGUUCCCAAUUGUGAGCGCAAGUGCAUUAACGGUUCACAAGUCGCAAGGAGGAACUUUCAGCGAAAUCGUAUACGACUACGACAAAAGUCAGGACCAACAGCUGGUAUACGUUGGCCUGUCCCGAGUUACAUCUCUCGAUGGUCUUUAUCUGACAAAUUCCGCCAACGCAUUUAUGUUUCACCAUGCUAGAGGAAGCAAAUCGCCGAAAAUGUUAGAACUGCGAAGCGAGUUACAACGGUUGGACAAUCAUCGACUUCGGACGCUUGCUGAACAGAUCAUGGAUGUCAUGCAGAACAGUGGGUGUGCUUGUACACUUAUGACUAUGAAUACAACGGAACAUUUGUCGAAAUCGCCGGAUUCAAGCGAAUCAUCCAGUCAAAGCGUGUUGGUGCGAGAGCAGCGGGUGUUGCAAUUUACCAGAAGGACACCAUACCUACCAUAG